AGAGAGAGCGAGACGACGAGUGUAACGGAGACAGAGAGAAAAAGAGAGUGGAGGUAGAGUGGCAAAAGCGAGGCAAGCAAAAGCGAGCUAGCUGGCGACCAAGCAACCAGAUAGCCAAGCAAGCCUUUAGGUAGGCGAAGCAGACUGGCAGGCAGGCAGGCAGGCAGGCAGGCAGGCAGGCAGGCAGGCAGGCAGGCAGGCAGGCAGGCAGGCAGGCAGGCAGGCAGGCAGGCAGGCAGGCAGGCAGGCAGGCAGGCAGGCAGGCAGGCAGGCAGGCAAGAGCAAGAGCAAGAGCACAACCACCGGGCUUCAGAGCCACCCCCAGUCGUCGCCUGCCACCCAAAUCGUUCUCCCCACCUUGGACUAUCGCUUGGUACACCCCUCUUCGCCGUUGCUUCUUCGCACUACUCCUACUCUUUCUCCGGUGCUUUCAGCCGCCUCGUUCGUUCGGUCGUUCGUCCACCGUUUCGUUCCUCUUCUCGGUGUCCUCGUCGUCGUUUGUCGCGUUUAGAGUGAACCAGUAUUCGUACACCUUUGUUUUGUCAUUUUUACCGACGAGGAUCGCGUGUGUCACUGGCCGCUUCGUGUGCAGAAGGAUAUCGUAUGUUCGACAGCGUGACUGAUCUCGGCAGGUUGUAUCCUCCGGCGACGCACUGACCUGCCCUUUCAUCGCGGUCUCGCCACCCUUCCACCCUCUGUUUUCUCGCGUCUCGACGCAGCGGCGGACAAGACUGAUUCGUGGGAAGCGGAGGGGGUUUGUUCGGAACGCGACACCCUGGCCUGUUUGCUCUCGACAUUUUCGACGAUUCAUCGGUUGAUCAACCUUGAAACAGAAACCGAAAGAAUAUUCUGUAUAUUUUCGUGCGUCCAGGACUAAGAUUCUUGGGAGUUUUGGUGGAAAGUGAGGAAGAAUCUCUGCGUGGGCAAGUGACGGCGAGAUGAGGAGGUGCGACGCCGCAAUAGAAGGGAAGACGCGGCUGUGAGGCCCGGAUAGCGUGCACGUUGUGUCGAAGGACGUUCACACGCGCGACUCCAUCGGUUGCCAAGCCGAUCCUCCUCGCACCAGGCGACGAGAACUUCGUACCUAAGCCGGUCGUUCAACGUGGCCGAUCCUUGGACAUGGUGAGGGGGCAUGUUGAUGUGCCGGCGGUUGCUGCUGAUCGCAGCCGCGAUCACGGCCUCGAUCGAGGCUGGCUCCGCUAGUUACCACCCUGGAAUCUCCUCAGAUUACUCUGGAUACCCUGGUUUCCCGGUUUAUCCAGCUUCGACGUCGUCCGAGACCUCGUCCGGUGCGACCACUACGCCAACAACGAAUUUGGAAAAUGUUUGCAGGCCAUCCGAGUACCUAUGUGGCACAGGAAACUGCGUUGCCCAGGACAAAUACUGCGACGGCGAAAAUGACUGCGGCGACAACUCCGACGAGCCGAAAUAUUGCACCCUGUGCAACAGAACGUUGUACGGUGACGUCGGCCGGACCUACAGGGUGGAAGUUCGCCGGCCGAGGGAAGAUCGACUGCCAUUCUUGUGUCAUCUCAAUUUCACUGCCGCCGGUUCUGAUCUCGGAGAUCUAGUUCAGUUAACAUUCGACACGUUCACCGUGGGUCGAUUUUUAUCGUUCACGUCGGAAGGAUGUCCGGAUGGUUACAUGACCAUUCGGGAAAAGGGUCGACCAGCGACCGGAGGUCAAUGGUGCGGAAGCGCAUGGGGGUACACCGUGUAUUACAGUGAAACUCCUUCCAUCAAUUUAACUUUGUAUUUACUCCGGCUAGCCGAACAGGGUAGUGGCUAUAAUUUCGACUUCAAAUUAUCGUACAAGUUCCUGAGACGUAGCGAGGCGCACCUGAGAUACGGGAACAGUAGUAUGUCCACGUGGCGGGGAGAGCUAGUGAACGGAACGUACUGCGACCGUGUGCUGACCAAGUGCGACACGCGAGCCUGUCGACUUCAAUCGCCGAAUUACCCGGGCGUUUAUCCCAGAAACGUCACUUGCUAUUACCGGGUAGAGCAAAAUCGGGCGCCACCCGGUCAUCGGGCGUUGCUCGCUGUGAGUCAGCGAAAUAGUCACAAGAUACACAUCAAAGACCAGGUCGUCAAGUACGAUGGCAGCCAAAGGAUAUUAAGAGUUUGGGAUCAAUGCAACGUGGUGCAAGAUUACUUGACGGUGUACGACGGGGGUUCAACCUCCGACAAGGUGCUGGUUAGACUUUGUGGAGGUGACGCGGUGCCAGAUAUAGUUAGUAGCCAUAACACGAUGCUUUUGGAGUUCCACACGUCUCCGUACGACAAUCCCUUUCAUCCCGUUCCUUUGUCGUUCUUGCCCGGCUUCGAGCUCGAGGUUCAGGUGCUGUUCGUCGACGAGAAAUCCCGGAGUUUUGUUAAGGAGAACAACAACUGCGACUUUUAUAUACCCAGCGACGAAAGCUCAUCGGGAGUCUUAGAAAAUCCGAAACAUUCUCUGCCUCCGAACACGACUUGUCGCUACCACUUCCAGGGCAAGCCAAACGAGAUCGUUUGGCUGUCUUUUGUCAAGUACUAUGCUGCCAGCGCCGAUGCCGCCGCGAGCAUCGACGUCGCUUCCGAUUGCAACGCGAAGCUGCUCAUUUGGGACGGCGAUCGCACGAUAAAUAAAUUAAUUCCUAUGCGUAAGAAUAUCACUUUGAUGGGUCAGUUUUGUAAGGAUGAUACCCCACGUCUCUGCGACCAUAGCCUGCUACGGAACGGAAGUCGUCAUGCGAGGCCCUGUAGCCUCGCGGAGAGCUACGUUUCCAGCGGCAGAGAUCUCACCUUGGAGCACAUAUUACGUCAAGGAAGUGCACUUUAUCCGAUAAGUUUUGUACUGCGUUACGAGUUCGUGCACGAGGCGGUCUCCUGUAACCAUGUGUUCGGUUUCGCGUCCACUUCAUCCACGUCUUCCACGUCUUCUUCAUCCUCUUCUUCAUCGUCCUCCACGUCGUUACUGUCGUCGCUCGCCAAGGCGGGGAAAUUCGCGUCGCCGAAAAGUGUAUUCUUUUACGGUCGCGGUGGUGCGCAGAACGUUAGCUGUGUGUAUCGUUUCGAGACCGAGCCGGAUCACAGGAUAGAACUGUCCAUAAGUAGAGCCUCGUUCGGAGAUAAAGGAUGUUCCUCGUACGUAGACCCGUUAGUCAAUCGCUGGACUUGCGAUCGACGCAUAGGCGACUCCACCAAGUUUGGCACGGCUGAGUUGAUCGUUGCCGAGUACCCUUGGCAGGGAGUGGAACUGGUUCGCGAUUGCCUGUGCUCGAACGUCAGCGAUAGGAUCGUUCUGAGAACACUGACAUCCAACGUGAUCGAAGUCCGGUUCACCGUGACCUUAAUGAACGUCACGCAAGAUUAUAGAGAUUUCUAUUUCGAAGGGGAGUACCGUUUCGUCGCUUUGGGCGCAGAGUCGAGCGAACAAGGUUGCUCGACGAAGCUCGAAGAGCGACGAUUACGCGGAACCAGCGGUGAAAUUUCCCUCAGAAGUCCCUUGCCGCGAGUGAUUCCCGGUGUCGCCGCCGUCGAAGAGAUUCUAACCAAUACGGAGGAUCUGACUGCGACUCAAUGUGUGAACGAGCCCUGGCUGAUAGAGCCUGAAGAUGCACGCAUCAAUUAUUUGUAUUUAAGGACGGCGGGAUAUAGCAUCACGUUGGAUAACGUCGAGGAAUGUACAACGUUGAACAGAAUCGUCGUCUACUCGGCGGCCAAUACGAAAGAUCGUAGCGUAAUAUGUCCCGAGGGCGGCGUCGACACUGCCAGAACGGUGGACUUCUUCUCCGGUGGUUGGAACUACAGCGCUAUUAAUACUACCGUGGCCAUGAUGCAACAUUCCAGGAGCUUCGUUGUCGAGUUCCUCCAGAGAGAACCUGGUUUCUAUGCCGUUACAUGGAUGGCCAUUUCGAAAAGGUCUUCUAGUUCUAGCGUCGGGCCCAAUGUAUUCUCUAUAAUGCCACACGAGGAAUGUCCUUAUCGAUGUCCGGAAAUUCAGGCGUGUAUAAGUUCUGUGCUAUGGUGCGAUGGGAUCCGUCACUGCCCUUCCGGUUUCGACGAGGAGGAGACCAACUGUUCCUACCGUUUCGGCGUAACAUUGCUCUACGUGGCCGUAGGUGCCGGCGCCCUAGGUAUAUUUCUUAUCCUACUGCUUGCCACCGGUUGCCUCAAAUAUUGCCUCUAUCGACACAAAGCUCGCAAGAAAAAAAAGAACGUUGUCCUGAACGUGAACCAUCUCCACGUGAAUCACACGCAUCAUAAUAACGGUCUGACCGGAAGUCGCCUGAGCGGUCGUUAUAAUCUCGCCACGCCGCAAGAGAUGUAUCUGGAAAAUUACGGGAAAGACAGUAUUUGUUGACAAUACGCCAUUGCCAAUAUCGAGACCACCGUGUGAAUAUUACAGGAUUUUUAAAAUACGCCUACCUCGCUGGCCUCUUUGAUCCCCCUCACCUCCCGCGAAGAGAAUGGAAGCAAACGACGGAAUAGUCGAACGAACCCAUCUCACAGCGCGUACGGCGCAACAACAACAACAAAAAAAAAAUAUAUAUAUAUACGCAAUAAUCGUAUUAAACUCUCGUAGACCAAUUCGAAGGCAUUUAACGAAGGAGCGGAUUCCGGAUUGUUUCGAAGCCUCGACCACGAUCCACGCUUUGUCUCCAAAGAAUCGAUAUUUAAUUUUAAAGCCGAGCAACAGAAGCGUCUCUUUUGCUGGCGCUAUUUAAGUUUCAAAUUUGCACCGAAUCGGGAUAUUAUAAGACUCCGAAUUUUAAAACGUUCUAGAGAACAGACAAAGGGUGAAUCGAAUCGAUGAGAAGCGUUUGCGCUGCUCGAACAAUUCGCGUAUAUGGUUUUCACGGUAAAACCGCCGUAUCACAGUAGCACUAGGAACACACGUUUUUAGGAUAAAGCAAUGUGUGACGAUGAGAAGAAAGAAAUGAAGCAUACAGAGCGCGAAAGAUUAUAACUAGAAAGAAAAUAAAGAGAAAGACAAAAACGCGCACGGCUGAUGCGUACGAAUAUAUGCUUUUAAAGUGAAGUAGGAUUCUGUAAUUUGCAUUGAGAGCGAGCGAGCGAGCGAGCGAAAGAGAGAAAGAAAGAGAGAGAGAGAGAGAGAGAGAGAGAAUUUUUAUUACGGUCGGUUGCCGGGAAACGAGUGUUACAAACGUCCACGACGAGAAACGACGCAGAACAGAAUUGGCGGGAAAAAGAGGGAACUAACAAAAUAGCGGCAGAUAUAAAAUCCCUUUGAACGACUUCGAUAUAAAUCGCAUGUGAACAUCGGGAGAAAAAAUGGAAACGAAACUACUGUGAUUUAUCGAAAAUGAAAUUAACCCUUUAGAUGCCGUAUAAUAUUAAAUCGGAGAUACUCGCUAGGCCGCGACUAAAAAAACUCAAUAAUAAGAAAGUUCAAACUAGAACGUGAAUACACGCUCUUUGUAUAGGCGGCACCACGUGCUUAUGGCAUUUAAGAGGUUAAGAAAGAAAUGAAAAAAACCUUGAUUUUAUACUUUACGAGAAACAUAUACAAAAGGAAAGGUCCGAAAAAAGAGAAAAGAAAAAAAAAUAAAUCAAUGAAAGAUUAUUUCGAUCGAUAUUUCUCACUUUUAAAACCGGUCUUAUUCUAUAAUUUUAUAGAUUGUCGUGCCCGAACGACGAUAUUCAUAUGCAAUUUAUUCUAAGGAAUUAUACGACCAAGAUCAACCAAACGCGUUAUCAUCGACCCUCUGGAUCCAUCUUAUUAUAAAAAUCGAUGUCAUCUGCGUCGAUCCGUCAAUAAACUCCAUCGUUUUUUGUAAGAAACAUGCAGCCAUCACGACUACUAACGCGAGAGCGUAGCGACGUCUUCUAUAACUGCCAUUUUAGGAUUUAGUUCGAGAUCAAUGGAAAAUCCCGGCGGGCGUACAGAAAAUCCGGUUGUCGAUACUCUAUGCUCCCGCGUUAACCGCGAUCCUAACCUAUCCAGAUUUCAUAAGUACGUUAACAAAGAUGGUAUAACAUAUAGUUAAAAAUCACACAUGUAACCUAGGUUUGAUAUCAAUGCGCGAGGCUUGACUGGGACGUAGAGAUUGGUGUAUAGUUGAUUAUCGUUUAAACGAGUGCGAAGGCGAGAGAAGUGGGCAACAUGAAAUUGACAACGCAUACAUUGUAACUCUAUAACGAAAGUGUUAACUAAUUAAAAAAGCCAUCGUUUCACGUACGCACACACCGCCACACGUACGAGAGGGAAUACAUUACUUACAUACAUACCACAUACACACACGUAUGGUAAAAGCGCGUAUAACUUACGUCUGUAUGCUGUGAUAGAAGUAAGCGUAUCAACAAUCGGAAAUAAAUUUCUCGCGUAAA